UAAGGAGAUAAUUAUUAUAUCUACCCUCUAACAACCAUCUAAUAAUCUUAACUGCUGAUUAACUCAAGCUCUAUGUGAAUUCUUACUUCAUUUCAAAGGAGCUACCUCCAACUAUAAUUAGUUAUAUAUCACUUAUACUUCUAAAAUCUAUAUUAUUUUCAAAUGAGCUCAUCAACUAUCAGCUAGUACAAUUUUAAGAUUCGAUUUAUUCAUUAUGAAAUAAAGAAAUUACCCUAAAUUGUUAUUGUCUCUAGAAAAAGAUAUUAUUAUAUUUAUGAAUUAAUUGCUAUAGUAAAAAUGUAAUUGUCAUGUAGAGGAGAAAACAAGCUUAAAUUCUCCUCAAUCCCUAAAUUAGGAUCACCCACACCCAGACAACAAUAACAAUAAUGAUAUUUCAAUUGAAAAAAAUUGCUAAGAUAUCAAAGAAUUCAUCAAAUUUAACGAAAAAUUUGUUUUAACGAUCAAAGACCACUUCAAGAAAAUGGAGAUUUAUUUUUAAUAGAUUAUAACAUAGACAGAAAAAAACAUUUAUAACUUGAAUUAGUAAUUAGAAAAGUAAACUUGCGAAAAAGAACUCAUCAAUAUCGGACAAUUUAGCCUUCUGAACAACAAAAGGCAAACAGGUAUUUCAUUUGAAUAAUUUUAAUAGAAAAAGAUUAGUAGGAAUUUGAAUAAAUUCUUUAUACAAUCAAAAAUAUUGUAGAUGCAUAAAACCCCAUCAAUAAUCUAAAGAUAUCAAUAUCUUCUUAAGAUCCCAAUGAUGAUUAUGAGAAGGGUAAUAUAAUUAAUCACAUUUUUAUUUAGGUUUCUCAUUAUAUUAUUUGGAAAAAUUAAAAAAGGCUCCUGAAAUUUGGAGUUAAGAAAUUUCUAUAAAUUUUAAUCAUGGUGGGUGGAACAAAUAGGGUAAAUAAAUUGUUAAAGGUUUAUCAUUAGAAAAUUCUAAAUUAUACAAAGAGGCUAUUGAGACUUGCAACUUUGCGAUUCUGGCUAACCAUCAAAAUGAAGUGGCAUUGAAUAAUAGGGGUUUUAUCAUUUAACAUGUUUAUAUUUAGGUGUUUAUUAACUCUAUUAACAAAAUUACCAAGAAGCUAUUACUGAUUUCAAAAAAGCUAUUUCAUUUGGUUCUGUCAAUGCAGAAUACAAUAUGAGUAAUGGAAUUUUUAACUAUUUGAAUUUAGGAGUUGCAUUAUAUUAUGAACAAAACUAUCCACAAGCCAUUUUGAGUUUUGAAAAUGUUAUUUCUAAAAAUGGAAAUAAUGUUGAUGCAUGGUUUUUUGUUUGUAAUAUCAAAUAAAUUUUAGAAUUUAGGGUGUGCUUUAAUGAAAUAACAAAAAUUUUAAGAAGCAUAUGAUUGGUGCAUUAAAGCAAAAACUAGAAAUAGUUUUCAUUAUUAUGCUUUGACUAAUGGGGGUAAUAUAAUAUAAAUUAUUAUCAUGCAGGUCUUGCAUUACACUGUUUAUAAAGACGCGAAGAAGCAAUGGACUGCUACACUAAUGCCAUUAAUAUAAAUCCUAAUAGCGCCACAGCAUGGAUAAAUAAGGGUAAUAUAAUUUAAAAUAUCUUUUUAUAGUCAUUUCAUUAAUAGAAGAAAAGAAAUAUUAAUAGGGUAUCGAUUGUUUGAAUGAUGCUAAAACUAGAAAUCCUAAUUAUGAUAUGACAUAUAACAAUCAGGGUAAUAUAAGUUAAAUAUAUUUAUAUAGAUCCUAUAUUACACCAUUUAAAUAUAGACGAAGUAGCUAUUACUUGUUAAAAUAAGGCCAUUUCUAUAAAUUUUAAUAACCGUACGCCAUGAAUAUUUAAACACUUUUAUAGGUUGUGCAUUAAUAAAAUUAAAUAAAAUUCAAAAAGUUCUUAAGUGGUGCGAGAAAGCUAUUGCUAGAGAUCCUGAUGAUGAUAAAGCAUUUAACAAUAAGGGUAAUAUAAUUUAUAGAUAUUAUUUCUAGGUUCUAUAUUGCACUUUUUAAAGCAACCUGAGAAAGCUAUUGUCUGUUACAAUAAUGCAAUUAAGAUAAAUCCUAAUAACAGUAUGGCAUGGAUAAACAAGGGUAAUAUAAUUUAAAUUAUUUUUAUGAAGGACUUAUAUUACACUUUUUACAUCGAUACAAAGAAGCUAUUAAUUGUUACAGAAUAGCUAUUGGUAUAAACUCUCAGAACAAUAUUGCAUUCUUACAUAAAUAAAUUUUUCCUUUAGGUGUUUCUCUAAUAAACAAAUUAACAAUACUUCACCAAUAAAACCUCAAAUGUAUUAAACCUUUAUUAUUUUUAAGCUGAUUCACUAUUCGAAUUUGAAUAAGAACAACGAGCUAAACAUUAAGAGAUGGAGACUUUGUAUGAAGAAUCAAAGGGGGUGAAUGAAAUAAAUAAAAAGAUUUGA